UAAUCAUACAUACGCGCAGUAGGCCAGUUUCAGCAUUUUCUUCAAACGCUUGCUAUUGCGCACCAAUCAUUCACCUACUUGCUGGAAUUUUCGCCGACGCGACCAUACAGAAGGAGCAGGCUAAAACAUCCAACUCACCGACCUGCAUGCACUUCUAUAAUUGACACCCACGAUUCUAUGCGACACAUCAGAGGUGGCCAGGGCUUAGACGCAUACGCGCUUCAACGCCGGUAGUCCUUGCUGUUAUCAGCUUAGGUUAACCCGACAUAAUGGCCAUGGACAACACUACGCUCCACACUUUUCUGUUUCACUGCCCAGCUGCACUGCGCAGUGUAGUUUUACUUGGAUCUUGGGACAACUUUUCGCGGCCAUAUCCACUAGAACUCGACGUACGCGGGGGCCGAAAUAUCUGGAAAGGCUGCUUUACCUUUUCCGAUAUCAUUUGCGACGGAGAUCUGGACCACCAAACACCCAAGCGGGACGGACUUCUCAAGAUGGGUGGGACUUACUGGUACUACUACAAGGUUGAUGAGGAUGAUGAAUGCCACAAUCCUUCUGAAGAGUCGACGACGUUCUGUCCUCUUCUGCCAGGGCAGCGCCUUAAUGUCUUGGAUGUGCCUCGCGAAGGGGGACACAGCCGCAGCAUCUCAGAUACCUCUUCCGCUUUCACACGCGACCCCAAAGAUAGGUAUCUGACUCCAGUACCACCUGCGAGCCUAAGGCCCCUACUGCCUUCAAGAUCAGGUAGUAGUGGCGAGGCUUACACUUUGCCUCUACCUUCGCCUUGGACCCCAAAAUCGGCGACGCAUCCACCCACAGAUGGGUUACUGUCGCCACAUGUAGUGCGCCAUGCCCGAAGCGCAUCAGCAUCUCCCUACAUGCCGUCAACUCCCAUCUUCCCGGACUUCAAGGUUCUGAAAGAGAAAUUGGCAUCGAAACGGUCAGCUUCGAGGAAUCGCAGCGGAUCAAAGACCAGAGAGCUAGACAUCAGUGCGCCAGUACUUGUCAGUGGAGGAGAAGAGCUGAACCUCAUCCCGCUGUCUGUGUACCGACCCUCAAUCGAGUCUAUCAGAGAGGUGGAUAUACCCACUACAACAGCAUCCCGCGCAGUACCGAACAUCCGAAGGCAGUUCUCCCCGCUGGCAUCACAUCCUGUUGAUCCCGUUCACGACUCAUUGUUUGGACCUGCAGAGCUGCCCACCGCUGAUGAGCGCGCUGUCAGGCGUCGCCGCUCACACGUUCCCUCGACUGUGAUCACAAGCGAGUUCAAGGUUGAGCAAAGUCGCCUUCGUGCUAACUCUAGCGACACAAGACGAACCCAACAUUACCUAUUCUCUAAUGAUCCUUGGCUUUCGUCUCCGAAGCUUCAACAAGACUUCGAAGUGGAGGACCGCGUGGUGGAGGAUGACACCCCAUCUGCGCCUGUACUCUCACGACCGUCGACCUUCCUCGGUGCUCCUAUGUCGAAUGAACGACCUACAUCAAGCCAUGGUGGCAUUCAAAGCACAGAGCUUCGACAGUCGCCGCUAGACAAAGAGCUUCCGGCCCUUCCUCGCUACCUGAUACCCGCACCACUUUACGCCUGCAACGAAGUCACGAUCAGUGAACUACCAGCCAACGAACCAGAGAACGAGUUCGAAGAAGACGAAGACGACGAGCGUCUCGACAACUUCAGCGUGCAGUUCCAAGACAAAGCACGCAGCCAUUUCUCUACCUGGAGCAACGACUCCAUUGGCUACAACUCACCCAUCUCGGACAACAAUGACGACGUCGUCCUCUCCCCCACCUUCAGCUCCCUCACCAGCAACGACAGCGACAUCGACACGCCCCAAGGCCUACUAAUCCACUACUCGUAUGCCUCACCCCGGCAAGCAUCGGCCUCAAAACACACCUCCACCGUCCCCGAAAUCCAAACCAUGUCCAACGACACCACAGACAACGAGGAGGAAGAGUCAGAAGAAGGCGUCCAAUCCCCCUACCGCCUCUCCACCCCACCCCAACUCAACGAACUCCGCAUCUCAACCUUCGGCUCUGACCUCUUCAAAGUCGAGACGCAACACUCUGACGCGUCGUCACGGCGCUCGUCGCGGCGCCAAGCGGCUUGCUUUGGACUUGGCUUCCAGUAUAGUCUGCCCGAGCAUGACGUUACGAGCAAGACUACGCUUGCGGAGUCGACGGUCGUUGGCGAGACGGAGUGCAUGCAGCGCACGAUUAGUGUGCAGAGGGAGGGUUCGAUGAGUGGUGUGCAUGCGCUUAUGGAGGACUUUGCUUUCUUGGGCGAUGCUGUUAUCUGAGACGCACUGCGUUAACACUCACGUACGUUAUGGCAUCGAUGCACAGCUCACCGCGUCCGCAACAUUUACCUGCGCAUGUCUUCUCGCGAUAUUUUCGCUUCUUCCAGCUUCUUUACGGCCGAAUAGAUC